GUGUAUUCAAACCUAAAUAAAGUUGUGAUCUUUCCUUACAAAAGCAAUGAGCCAACUCAAAUUGGAAUGUUCAUCUUCCCUAUCCCAAACUACUCUAUUAUUACUUCUCAAAAAUGGACAAAUGGAGUUUAGUAUAUUUGCCAUAUGAAACCACUGCAUAUGUUUUCCUCUAAAUAAUUCUCUAUACUCUUUCCAAAAUAUAUUUUUCACUCUCUCUAUUUUCUCUCUCCUCCUCAUCUCUAGUUCUCUACCACCCUUUCACUCAAAAUCCAACCACCAAAAUCUACAUCACCAAUUGGCCAACAAAACACCCACUUAAACUAUGCUUAAAUUACCAUGAUUUCACCCUCAAAAACCUCUGUUUUAAUGGCCUUACCCUUCAAUUUUUUCUGGGUUUUCUUCAUCUUCUUCCUAAUUUACACCCCAAAUCUCUGUAAAACCCAGGAGCUUUACUUCAAUGGAUUCAACCAUGCUGGUAACAACAUAACUCUAAAUGGAGCUGCCAAGAUUCUUAACAAUGGCAUCCUCCAGUUAACCAAUGAUACAUCUAGACUUCUGGGUCAUGCUUUUUACCCACCUCCAAUUAGGGUUAAAUCUUCAAAAGAUGGUAAAAAAGCUGUAUCAUUUUCAACAAUCUUUGCUUUUGCAUUAGUGCCCCAAUUUCAAACACUUGGUGGGCAUGGAUUUGCCUUCACUUUAGCUCCUAGUAAAGACCUUCCUGGUGCUUUACCCAGUCAAUAUCUGGGACUUCUAAACUCAUCUGAUAAUGGGAACCUUACAAAUCAUAUUUUUGCAGUUGAAUUUGAUGAAGUUCAAGAUUUUGAGUUCAAGGAUAUCAAUGAUAAUCAUGUUGGUAUUAAUAUUAAUAGUAUGAUUUCUAAUGCUUCUGCUUCUGCAGCUUAUUAUGUUGAUGGGAAUUCAACUGCCCAGAAUAUUACUAUGAAGAGUGGUGAAACAAUCUUGUGUUGGAUUGAUUAUGAUUCUGGAAAUCAUCAAUUAAAUGUUAGUCUUUCUCUUUCCUCUGAAAAACCCAAAAGAAGUUUAUUAUCUUAUGAUGUAGACCUUUCUUCUUACUUAGAUGAAUUUAUGUAUGUUGGGUUUUCUGGGUCUACUGGUUUGCUUGCAAGUUCACAUUAUAUAUUGGGAUGGAGUUUUAAGGUGAAUGGUCAAGCUACCCCUCUUGAUCUGUCUUCACUUCCUAAGUUACCAAGGGUAAAAAAGACUAAUUUUGGGUUGAUUUUAGGGGUUUCAAUAGGAUCUGUGGUUGCAUUUUUUGUUUUGAUUGGAUUAGCUGCUUAUAUGGUAUGGUUGUAUAAGAAUAGAGAUGUGAUUGAGUCAUGGGAGCUUGAUGUUGGUCCUCAUAGAUUUCCAUAUCAAGAGCUUAGGAAAGCUACAAGGGGUUUUAAGGAUAAGAUGCUUCUUGGGUUUGGUGGGUUUGGGAGGGUUUACAAAGGUGUUCUCCCGAAUUCGAAUACCGAAGUUGCGGUUAAGAGGAUUUCCCAUGACUCAAGGCAAGGAUUGCCGGAGUUUGUUGCUGAGAUUGCUAGUAUAGGUAGAUUACGCCACCGGAAUCUGGUGCAGUUGCUUGGAUGGUGCCGGCGUAAAGGGGACUUGAUUCUGGUAUAUGAUUAUAUGCCAAAUGGUAGUUUGGAUAAGUACUUGUUUGCUGACCAUAUAAUGGUAUUAAGCUGGGUUCAGAGAUUUAACAUCAUUAAAGGGGUUGCCUCUGGAUUGUGCUAUUUACAUGAAGGGUGGGAGCAAACUGUGAUACAUAGAGAUAUCAAGGCAGGGAAUGUGUUACUUGAUGCUGACUUUAAUGGUAGGUUAGGUGAUUUCGGGUUAGCUAAGCUAUAUGAGCAUGGGACUGAUCCGAGCACUACCCGGGUUGUGGGAACUCUUGGGUAUUUGGCACCUGAGCUUACACGAACUGGGAGGCCAACAACAAGCUCUGAUGUGUUUGCUUUUGGUGCUUUGCUGUUGGAGAUUGCUUGUGGGAGGAGGCCUAUUGAGCCCAAGGCAUUACCCGAGGAAUUGUUCUUGGUUGAUUGGGUGUGGGAUAGAUGGAGAGAGGGUGCUAUUCUUGAUGUAAUGGACCCUAAGUUGGUAGGCGAUUAUAAUGAGGUGGAGGCAGCAAUAGUUUUGAAGUUGGGCUUAAUGUGCUCUGCUGAGUCACCUGAUUCUCGACCUUCAAUGAGGCAGUUGGUGAGGUAUUUGGAUGGGGAGGCUGCAUUGCCAGAAGAAAUAAUUCUACCUGGUGGAUAUAGUGGGAAGAGGCGCAGCCAUAGCAGCCGAAGAAAUGGUACUGGAGAAUUUGAGGAUUAUGUACAUACAUAUCCUCCUGCUUCAUAUAUGGAUCUUGAAGGUGGUUCAGUUUCUUUGUAAUCUUUGUCUGGUGGAGAUGAAGCUCAUGAAGGUAGAUAGCCUGGGAAAUGUGAGUUGUCUAACAUGAUUUAUCAUUAAGUGUUUUGGAUUCAUAAUUGAGUUUUUGUUUAGGAUUUUUGCGCUUGUGAUUGAAGUGUAGAGUUACUGAUUUUUGGCUGCAUAAUUAGGUAUUAAUAUUUCAAAUCUUCCUGUUGUAUAUAUACAUAUAUAAUUUUGUAUAUCUCUCAGCACUUGAACAUGUAAUCGAAUCUCUGAAAACCUAUGAAAGCUUUGGGGAAUAGACACCAUUCAUGUUC